GCCCAACUUAGACAUAGACCAAAACCCAAUGACAUAUUUCUUGAUCAAGUUGGCGGCGCAUACCUUUCUUUACACGUUCUCGUCGACAUACCCAUCUACUUUAGAAUCCAACACAUACUCUUUAUAUUCUUAUUUAGUUGUAUUGGUACCUAUGAUAUAGGAAGCAUAAAGGUAAUUUGCUACCUGGGUACUUAUUUCGUCUCCCUUGACUUCAUCUACCUUUUCAAAGUAAUUUUCAAUUCUUUAUCGCGGUUACAUUAUCGAUUUUCGCGAUAUUCCCCAUCACCAAAAAAACGCCCAACCUUUACACACUUUCUUUUCAAUUCGCAACUAUCAUCUCUUCUCCCUCACGUUUCUCAUUGAAAACACUAUUUCAAGAAAUGUGCACUUUUUCGUAGAGCUAUCCCUUGUCACACAGUAGUAUGGCUACAGAGUGGAAUAAGCUCAAGGUCGUAGACCUAAAGGCGGAAUUGAAGCGCCUCGGUCUUCCGCAAAAUGGCCUCAAGGCGGAAUUAGUCGCGCGUUUAGAAGCUGCAGAUUCCGAGAGAGCAGCUUCUGAACCCUCCGAGGGAGCUACUGACGACACCCAAACUGUGAAUGGCGACUCGCAACCGGAACAGGAACAGGAAAGCUCGACAGUACCCGAACCUACUGAGCCUGAGCCUAGCCUACCCGACGAACCUUCCAAACAAAUUGAAUCCGAAGAUGUACCUGCAGCUAAUGAUGCGCCUACGCCUGCCGCUGUCGAACCCCAAGCAGCUCCUGCUCCUAUAUCGUCCGAUGCAACACCACUACAACCUACCGAAGUACUACAAGAUUCGCAAAAGCGCAAGCGAAGAUCUCUAAGUCCUGCACCCUCUGCCGAAGAGAUUGCACGUAAGCGAGUUAAACAGGAAAGUUCGCAGAAGCAAGACGAGAAUUCUACAAAUGCAGUUUCAGGGGAAGUUGAUGAGACGGUCGCUCCAAUAGAAAAGAGUCAGGAAUCGAAUCAAGCUCCUACAGAUAUCGAGAUGCAAGGUGUUGAGGACGAAGCGCCAAUCGAACGCGGGCACGAGCACGAACGCGAUAACGGUGUUGCCCAAUCAAGUCCAGCACGCGACACUCACCCCGACGACCAAAACGGGCAUCCCGCGGAAAUUGUAACAAACAAUAUGCAACCUACACCCGAAGAGCCCGUUGACGAGCAAAUGUACACCGCUCAACCGACCGAGAUAGAGCGAGACGUGGAGCCGUCUAUUCAUCCUGCGACCGCUGCGCUGUACAUCAAGAAUUUUAUGAGACCUCUCCGACCGCAGACGGUCCAGCAACAUCUUUUAGACCUCGCCACCCCAGCAGGCGUUCCCAUUGACGAAGACACUAUCUCCGAUUUCUACCUUGAUACUAUUCGUACGCACGCAUUUGUAGUGUUUAACACUAUCUCAUCUGCCUCAAGGGUACGUAACGCUUUGCACAACCGUGUCUGGCCUGACGAGACCAACCGCAAGGCCUUGUGGGUUGACUUCAUGCCGUCAGAGCAUUUUGAGGGGUGGGUUGAAAUGGAGCAGUCAACGAGUGGAGGACGUGGCUCGAGUAGUCGAUUUGAAGUCGUCUAUGAUCACGACAACGAUGGCGAAGUGACCGCUAGAUUAGAAGCUUUCGACGGGGUGGCACCUACUUCCAAGCCCGCACCCGUAUCGUCCGAGCCCAUCCCCGAGCGCAAGCCCUCUAUCCCCACAGGUCCUUCUCGCCCCUUUGCCGGCAUUGAAGGCGCGCCUACUGGUCCGCGUAACUUCCAGGCUGGCCGCGGCCCGCCGAUGCACCCCAGCCGAAUGGGACGAGUCGAUCAGGGAGGACUACCUACCCGCACCUCUCCCGUCGUUAUGUACCAACCCGUUUCGGACAACAUUGCUCGACGACGGCUCGAUGCGAUCACAGCUGCUAAGAGUAAGGAAACAGGCAAGGAUUUCGGCAAGGAAUACAAGCGCUACUACUUUGAGCAUGGUGAUUUAUUAGUUGACCGAGGCCCGGAGAUCUUCCUAGGUAUCCGGCCCCCGCACCGAGAACGUGAACGUCGCGGUGAACGUCCUCCGAUACGUGAGGCCCCUCGUGGACGCCGAGGCGGUGGUGGAGGUGGAAGUAGACGACGUGGUGGCAUGCCGAUUUUCCAUGGCGUCCCUCGAGGUGGCGAUAGAUUCCGCCCUGGCGAUUCAGCAACUGGUGGUGGUGCGAACGGCCGUUCACGUUACGGCGAUGACAGAGGAAGUCGCCGUGACCGAUUCGGAGACGACCGAGGCAGUCGACGGGACGGCUACAGUCGAUACUGAUAGUUGAACAAAUCCCAAAUGACUAGAAGGCAUAUGAUGAAAUAGUGGACGUUGGCAGGAGGAUUAAGUGAAUUGGUUGUGUAUAUUGGACGUGCAUACGACUAGUCUGCCCGUGCAUAAAUUUGCGCACUGGCUAUCUACAGUAGUAUUCACUCUCAAGGACAGAAGAUGAAGGACGAAAUACAAGAAAAAACAGGUUAAGAAAAGGGCAUUUUACCGGAGUACCGAGAACGCAUAAGGAUCCAGGAACAAACACAUCGCAUUCGCAAAGGCAGAACAGGACGCUUCGCAUUGUACAAGGAGGGAAGGAUACCCGGUUCCGGUUCCGAGGGCCAAGAUUUCUUUUGGUGGGCGCGUGUGUGCGCGCGUGAGUUGAGAAACGACCGAACGAACGAACGGAAGCAUACCAAAAACAAAAUUUCGGUGAUGAACGAAUGCUACGCACGCCCCCGAUUUUGCACUUUUGGCCCGGUUAGGUACUUAGAGUAGGCUAUGGCUAUUGUCCAUGAUGUGUGCUAAUAGAUGACAACUUUAUUCCGAAA